AAGUAGGCCCUUAAGUUUAAGCCCAGACUUCCUCUCUUCUUCUUCUCAGCCCUAACUCUAUCACUCCUCUCUCUCUCUCUCUCUCUCUACCAGCUCCAGAGACAUCGUCGCCAACUGAGUCACGUGGUAGCAGCUGAAAAAAUCCAGCAACAAUGGGGAUCAUAGAAAGGAUCAAAGAAAUUGAGGCCGAAAUGGCGCGGACUCAGAAAAACAAAGCCACAGAGUAUCAUCUUGGCCAGCUCAAGGCAAAGAUUGCCAAGCUAAGGACUCAGCUCCUGGAGCCUCCAAAGGGGUCUAGUGGAGGUGGAGAUGGUUUUGAAGUUACAAAAUUUGGCCACGGACGUGUUGCGCUCAUUGGGUUUCCAAGUGUGGGAAAGUCAACACUUUUGACAAUGUUGACGGGCACACACUCCGAAGCUGCAUCUUAUGAGUUCACAACACUUACCUGCAUUCCUGGAAUUAUCCAUUACAAUGAUACAAAAAUUCAGCUGCUUGAUCUUCCCGGAAUUAUUGAAGGUGCUUCUGAAGGCAAAGGUCGUGGGAGGCAGGUUAUUGCUGUUGCCAAGUCUUCAGAUAUUGUGUUGAUGGUCCUUGAUGCCUCAAAAAGUGAGGGUCAUCGGCAAAUAUUGACAAAGGAGCUGGAAGCUGUUGGUUUACGUUUAAACAAGAGACCGCCUCAAAUAUACUUCAAAAAGAAAAAGACCGGGGGAAUUUCUUUCAACAGCACUCUUACUUUGACUCAUGUGGACGAGAAGCUUUGUUAUCAAAUUCUACAUGAAUACAAAAUUCACAAUGCUGAGUUGCUCUUUCGUGAGGAUGCCACAGUGGAUGAUCUUAUUGAUGUCAUUGAGGGAAACCGGAAAUACAUGAAGUGUGUAUAUGUUUACAACAAAAUAGAUGUUAUUGGUAUUGACGAUGUGGACAAAUUAGCCCGCCAACCUAAUUCCGUUGUCAUUAGCUGCAAUCUCAAGCUGAACUUUGACAGACUGCUUGCAAAGAUGUGGGAGGAGAUGGGACUUGUUAGAGUUUAUACAAAGCCACAGGGCCAGCAACCUGAUUUUGGUGACCCUGUAGUUCUUUCUGCUGAUAGAGGGGGCUGCUCCGUUGGAGACUUUUGUAACCACAUACACAGGAGUUUGAUGAAGGAAGUAAAAUAUGUGCUAGUGUGGGGUACAAGUGCAAGGCACUACCCACAGCAUUGUGGCCUCGGUCAUGUUUUGAAUGAUGAAGACGUGGUUCAGAUUGUAAAGAAAAAGGAUAAGGAAGGGGAAGGGAGGGGUCGGUUCAAGUCACAUUCAACAGCCCCCGCUCGUAUAUCCGACAGAGAGAAGAAGGCUCCCCUGAAGCAGUAAUAUCAUUCACGGAGACCUGAGUUUCUUACAUGAACUGGCACAGAAGAAUGAUCUGUGAAUGAGUACAUCCAGAGUCGAGAUGCCUAUGAAGUAUGACAUAAUCAUAUCAUUUGCUCCAUUGAAAAAUUAGUCUAAAAUGAAGAAUUGGUGUUAGAAUGUCAUGCUUAUCAGAAAAGGUAGAUUUUUUUGGUCCAUGUGUUGUAUCUUUAGGGUUUAAUUUAUCACUUCUUGGAAUUUUGAAGAUAUACUGUACCAUGAUCUGUGUCUCUGGAGAUGGUGAUUAAUAUAUUUCUAAAAGGCUCUCUUCACCUUUAUCUUGCUGUCGUGCAAAGGAAAAGUUCAGAGCCCAUCUAGCUUUAUAAAUGUAUUUCGAGGUAAAAGUUGGGUGCAGAUUUUUGUAGAAAGAAAUAUCACCCAUGAGAACAUUAAGAAUUUAUUAUUUAUCUCAACUUUUCAAUCCAGCUA